GGGGCGGGCCUGGGAGGCGGCCGAGCGCGCUGGUGCUGAAGCAGGAUGGCUGAGCGCGCAGGAGCCCGGGAGGUCUGAGCCCUGCGAGGCUCGCUCCCUGUGCAUCGCCUAGUCUGCCCGCCGCGUGGUCGCGGGCAGGUGGGCCCGUGGCGCAGGGCAGAGCAGGGCUGCAGCUGGCGGCGCCGGGGGCUGGUAGGGGGCCCACCUUCUCGGUCUCGGAGCGGCGGGAGCUGCCCAGCCGACUGAGUUCGCGAUGAUCUGCUGAGAAGCGUCGUUGGAGGCUGCGGGAGGCGGCCUCGCUGCGGGCAGUGCGUUUUGCGGCCUCCUUCCGCGUGGUGCCGAGCCCCGGCCCCUCACCCAUCCCCGCGCCCCCUCCCUGCCGCCGGCCGAGAUGGCGGAUCCAGCCGAAUGCAGCAUCAAAGUGAUGUGCCGGUUCCGGCCCCUCAAUGAGGCGGAGAUCCUCCGCGGGGACAAAUUCAUCCCCAAAUUUAAAGGCGACGAGACCGUGGUGAUCGGGCAAGGGAAGCCAUAUGUCUUCGACAGAGUGCUACCUCCCAACACAACCCAAGAGCAGGUUUACAAUGCGUGUGCGAAGCAAAUUGUCAAAGAUGUCCUUGAGGGUUACAAUGGGACAAUUUUUGCAUAUGGACAGACUUCAUCAGGAAAAACCCACACCAUGGAGGGGAAGCUGCAUGACCCUCAGCUCAUGGGGAUCAUCCCGAGGAUCGCACAUGACAUCUUCGAUCAUAUCUAUUCCAUGGAUGAAAACCUGGAAUUUCACAUCAAGGUUUCCUAUUUUGAGAUCUACUUGGACAAAAUAAGGGACUUACUUGAUGUAUCCAAGACAAACUUGGCUGUUCAUGAAGAUAAAAACAGAGUCCCAUACGUAAAGGGGUGCACCGAGCGGUUUGUGUCAAGCCCCGAAGAAGUCAUGGAUGUUAUAGAUGAAGGAAAAGCAAACCGACACGUGGCCGUAACAAACAUGAAUGAACACAGCUCUAGAAGUCACAGUAUCUUCCUGAUUAAUAUUAAACAAGAGAAUGUAGAGACCGAAAAAAAACUCAGUGGGAAGCUUUAUCUGGUUGAUUUGGCUGGGAGUGAAAAGGUCAGCAAAACUGGUGCCGAGGGAGCCGUUCUUGAUGAAGCUAAAAAUAUCAAUAAGUCUUUGUCUGCUCUUGGAAAUGUGAUCUCUGCCUUGGCAGAGGGGACAAAAACACACGUGCCGUACAGGGACAGCAAGAUGACUCGGAUUCUUCAGGACUCCCUGGGUGGGAACUGUAGAACCACCAUUGUCAUUUGCUGUUCUCCCUCCGUCUUCAAUGAGGCUGAGACCAAGUCCACGCUGAUGUUUGGACAGAGAGCUAAGACCAUCAAGAAUACUGUCUCUGUGAACCUGGAACUGACAGCAGAGGAAUGGAAGAAGAAAUAUGAAAAAGAGAAAGAGAAAAACAAGACGUUGAAGAAUGUUAUCCAGCAUCUGGAGAUGGAGCUAAACAGGUGGAGAAAUGGGGAAGCUGUGCCUGAAGAUGAACAGAUCAGUGCCAAGGACCAGAAGAACCUAGAGCCCUGUGAUAAUACUCCCAUCAUAGACAACAUUGCUCCUGUUGUUUCUGGCAUCUCCGCAGAAGAGAAGGAGAAGUACGACGAGGAGAUCUCCAGUCUCUACAGACAGCUGGAUGAUAAGGAUGAUGAGAUUAACCAGCAGAGCCAGCUGGCUGAAAAGCUAAAGCAGCAGAUGUUGGAUCAAGAUGAGCUUUUAGCUUCCACAAGAAGAGACUAUGAGAAAAUCCAGGAGGAGCUGACACGUCUCCAGAUUGAAAAUGAGGCAGCCAAAGAUGAGGUGAAAGAAGUUCUGCAGGCACUGGAAGAGCUGGCUGUCAAUUACGACCAGAAGUCACAGGAAGUAGAGGACAAGACCAAGGCCAAUGAGCAGCUGACGGACGAGCUGGCCCAGAAAAUGACCACCCUGACAACCACACAGAGAGAGCUGAGCCAGCUACAAGAGCUUAGCAACCACCAGAAAAAGAGGGCCACUGAGAUCCUGAAUUUGCUCCUGAAGGAUCUGGGAGAGAUAGGAGGAAUUAUUGGCACCAACGAUGUGAAGACGUUGGCAGAUGUGAAUGGCGUCAUCGAAGAGGAGUUCACCAUGGCCCGCCUGUACAUCAGCAAGAUGAAGUCGGAGGUUAAGUCCCUGGUGAACCGCAGCAAGCAGCUGGAGACCGCCCAGGUGGACUCCAACAGGAAGAUGAACGCCAGCGAGCGGGAGCUGGCAGCGUGCCAGCUGCUCAUCUCCCAGCAUGAGGCCAAGAUCAAAUCUCUCACAGACUACAUGCAAAACAUGGAGCAGAAGAGGAGGCAGCUGGAAGAGUCCCAGGACUCGCUCAGCGAAGAGCUGGCGAAACUGCGAGCCCAAGAAAAAAUGCACGAAGUCAGCUUCCAGGACAAGGAGAAGGAGCAUCUCACACAGUUGCAGGAUGCGGAGGAAAUGAAGAAGGCGCUGGAGCAGCAGAUGGAGAGCCACCGGGAAGCUCACCAGAAGCAGCUGUCCAGACUUCGAGACGAAAUUGAGGAGAAGCAGAAAAUCAUUGAUGAGAUUCGGGAUUUGAAUCAGAAACUGCAACUGGAACAGGAGAAGCUCAGUUCUGAUUAUAACAAGCUAAAAAUCGAGGACCAAGAGAGAGAGAUGAAACUGGAAAAGCUCCUAUUGCUCAAUGAUAAGAGGGAACAAGCCAGGGAAGACCUCAAAGGGCUGGAGGAGACAGUGUCUAGAGAAUUGCAGACUCUUCAUAACCUCCGUAAGCUCUUCGUCCAGGAUCUGACCACCCGAGUUAAAAAAAGUGUGGAGCUGGACAGUGACGAUGGAGGGGGCAGUGCUGCCCAGAAGCAGAAAAUCUCCUUCCUGGAGAAUAACUUGGAGCAGCUCACCAAGGUUCACAAACAGCUGGUCCGGGACAACGCAGAUCUCCGCUGUGAGCUGCCCAAGCUGGAGAAGCGGUUGCGCGCCACGGCGGAGCGUGUCAAGGCGCUGGAGAGCGCGCUGAAGGAGGCCAAGGAGAAUGCCAUGCGGGACCGCAAGCGCUACCAGCAGGAGGUGGAUCGCAUCAAGGAGGCCGUGAGAGCCAAGAACAUGGCCAGGAGGGCCCACUCGGCCCAGAUCGCCAAGCCCAUCCGCCCAGGACACUACCCGGCAUCAUCUCCAACAGCCGUCCACGCCAUCCGAGGGGGAGGCGGUGGCUCUUCCAACUCCACCCACUACCAGAAAUAAACACUGAAAUACGACUCCACGUAGCAUGUCAAGGACUACAUUAAUCUCACCAAUUCCUCUAUUUUUUCCCCCUUCUACACAAUUUCCAUUUUCUCUCACACUUGCUUACUCCAGCCAUCUGCAGUACACCAGUUUCAGGUAUUUUGAGCUGUGUAGAAUUUCUGUGUGUACACACGUGUGCUUGGACUCUUCUCUUCCUGAGAAACCUGAAGGAGAUGAUUGCAGAAGAUCCACUUACUAUUCAGAACCAUUGCCACCGGCUCGGCCUCCGGGGCGCCGGGUGGUCCCUGGUGGCUGCCGGAGCCUCUUUUCUCGCAUGCACUGUCACGGGGAGCACCCUACCUGCCGGUCCCUGGAGGGGGACCUGCAACAACCAAGUGCCCUGGAGGCAGCUGAUCACGCUCUGCCGCAACUCUGGUUUCCUGUAAAAUAAACAUAUUACUUUAUAUUUUUAGGGAACAACAAAAAAAAAGUGCUGCUGUUGGGUACAAAAUUUUCAUUCUGAACACUUUUCCGAAACAAAUUGCCCCAAAGAAGCAUUUUGAAUAUCCUGGCCAUAUGUUUGGAUAUGUAAAAUACAUCUUUUAGUAUGGCACCUGUUAAAAUGCAAAGCAGAUUUCUUCAAGGCAGAAAAACAAUCUGAUAGUAGAAAUGUAGAAUUUGUUCAUUCAAACACAUCUGUGUAAAUGCAAAAAGUCAUAAAAUUCACCUCUGAGCUACUUGCUAUAGAACCUGCAGUGACUAUCCCCUUCAUUUCUCAGCCAGCCUGCUGUGAACACCAUUCCCACAAACGUGCUGAAAGUGCUGCAGAGUUGGAUGGGUACAAAAGGGGCUGUCCCCUUCCUCACUUCUUUCUCCUUGAUCCUUCUGGAGCUUGCAUUGGGGAUGGCCUCUUUAGGGAACCGUGUUAAAGUUGUGAGGGGUAUUGCUGAAGAAAUCUAGGAUCAUUGCAGCAGUUGAAAACAGAAGCCCUGGGUGGGGGUGGGGAAGGGGGUGGGAGUGUUAAUUGACAAUUUUUUGUGCCUGACUAUGAUUAAGUUGUUACAAAUAACUUAUUUUAACCCAUCAUUGCAGACUGUUUAUUUGGAUUCUCUUUGGCACCAAAAUAUAGAUAGGUUUCAUCUUCUUAGGUGGAAUUAGAAGAAAUAAGUAUGGAUGGAUUUUUUAUAUUUAGAUAUUGUUUUAUUGAAAAACACAACUCUAGCUGAGUCAACCUCUACUUCUGAUUGUGCAUAUUAAAAUGAUUGGUUUUCAGUUAGCACAAUUUCAGAGAAACUGGCAAGGAUUCAUUGAAGUUGGUCUUCUGUGCUGCUACUUAUUUUGACACAUUUGGGGGUAAGUCAAGGCAAGCAAAUCAAUGUCAAGUAGAGCACCCCUCCUGCCAGUUGUGCAUGCCCAUGGUAGUUGGCUGGCAUUGUCCCUUGGCGCUUUCACUGCUGGGGAGACACUGGGCUUUCCCAUGGCCACAUGGACACAAGGUUGAAGAUAAUUUGUGUGUGUGUGUGUGUGUGUGUGUGUGUGUGUGUGUGUGUGUAUAAAAUUUGCUGACAACUGUAAAUUGACUUCCAAACUCUUACAUAAAAUUUCCCUAGCAAAGCAAAGCUGUUUUGACUUAAUUUAUUUAUGAAAAAUUGCACUGUUCUUAUGUUUUUUCUUUUUGGGGGAGGAGUAAGGAGAAAGAAAAGAUUACUAAUUCUAUUGAAGUAUUUAUUUAGUAAAGAUGACCAUUUUGUAUUCACUUGAUUUUUUUUAAUUAUUUUUGAUUUUCUUAUGUUGUUGCCAUUACCUCCCCACUCCCCUCUGCCCCAGUGUAACUGCUUGAUCUCUAGUUGAAGUCUGAUGGAAGGUCACAGGUUUCGCUAACCUUAUCAGGUAGUAACAUAUGCCACGGAUUAUAACCUUCUAUUAACAUGUUUAACUGUGAUUUUGAAAGCUGAAACACUGGUCUUGGAGACGAUCGCCAAUGAAUAAUUGUCAUGCCACUACUGUACAUGAUGCAAGUGUAUUACUUUGUGUUUGGAAAUUAAACAAAGGUCAGUAAUUUUUUUUUCUCUCGUUAAUAUCCAUCACCAAAUAGAUUGAUUUAGAUUCUUUCCAAAGUAAUUUUCACUUUUCUACUUCUAAAGAACUGUUUGGCCCUUUUGUGUUUCAGACACUCUCUUGUAGUUCCAUAGUACUUGACCUGUACAAGGGACUCACAAACUUCACUUUACUGUUAGUCACAGAGAAAGUUGGCUUUGAUGUCUCUUAAAGAUAAUUCUGCUAGUUGCUGAUCAGCCAGUCAGUUCACCUAGCUUCAAUCUUUAUAGGACCUCUAAACUAAUUUUCCCACACUGUGACUAAAAGGUACACUGAUUAUUGGGAUGGCUUAUACAAUGUAUUCAAACAGAUUCCAAAAUAUAACUUUGUAUGAUAAGCCAGUUAUUAUGUCGACCCAUAUACUCUGUAGGUCACUUGUUUUAAAAAACCACCUUUAAGCAAAUUUGGUUUUAAACUAUCGUUCCUUUACACUUGAACUCUAAAUGUGAAAAUGACACUGCUGAAUGGCUAAGCCUAUGAUGUUUUUUGGUUGUAUGCUGCUUUUUGCUAGUGUGAGUAUUUGCCUUUUUCUCCUCUCUGGGAAUAAUUAUAUAUUUCUUGGAAGUUUAUAGCAUCCCUUUGAUGUUGUAAGGGACUAACCAGAUGGCUUAUACCAAUAAGCUGCACCUGCAGGGUUGUUAAAUUAGAGGAAUGCUGUUUAAGAUAUCAAGAUUUAUAGUUGGGAACUAAAAUAUAUUAAUGCCAAAUGUUUUGGUCAGUUACUAAGGAAUUCUAUCAGAUGCAUCAUCUCUUCAAAUGCUGUAUGGUUUGUGUUUGUUGAAUGGAGGGAGGACUAAUUAGUGUGCAGAUCAAUAAAAGUGGAUGACUUCUAAAGGUAAUAGUAUAUGAUUAAGAAAAUUAGAAUUUAUAGAAAUAUUGGGAUAAAUGAAAUACAUGUGUAUCUAGAUUGUAGGCUCUAGUGAUUUUCAAAGCUCGAAAGGUCAAAUAAGGAAGUGAUAUUCCUGUCCCAGUGAAGGGCAGUACUCAGAGGGAGACUUGCCACACUCCAUUGCUCUGUAGGAAUGACUGAAAAAAAAUAAAAGCUCUUAACUUCCUCUCUGAAGUGCAUUAUUUUAGCAGGGGAGGAGACAUUUGGACUCUAGCUAUAUAAUCUAUAGGGAAAGUUUUUCACUGGCAAAGGACAAGGGGAGGAUUUUACUGCGUUAUCUCACCCUGAAUAUCUUCAGCAAGCUAAAGGAAUCAUCAUAAUCUGGAAUUGCUUUAUUUAACAUUAACAAGUUAGAUUUUUAAAAAAAUAUAUUGGAUCAGGGCCAGGUAAUUGCAGAAGGAAGCAGUGCUCCACAAAGUCUGCUUACUCAUUUAAAAAUUGUGUAUCAAUUUUAAAUAUUUUUCAUUGUGUGCGGAUAUAAGGGGAGUAGGGCAUUCUGUAGAAUUAUAUGUCUAGUUUGUAAAGUGUGUAGCGUGUACUGCAGACGUGUUCUCUGGGCUUUAUGUAUCUGUACAGUAGCUUUCUUUUAAAAAAUAUAAUAAAUUGUGGACAGACCUGUUUUGGUGGUUUGAGGAGGAGAUUGGCAGUUUAUAUCAAGUAAUGAUGCUGUAAUAUAGUAAGUAUAAGGAAAGAUCUGGAAACAACCCUCCUCUGGCCCAGGAAAAAAUUUUGGUUAUCUUCUAGGUUCUAAAAUGAAGAUGUAUGGAUACACUGGCAGACUGCAUGUUGUAUAAUUUGAAAAAUACUAAAAGUGGAAAAUAAAACGGAAUUAAACUUUG